AUGAAUGAAAAUUUUGAUGAAGAUACAAAACAACGUCGACGAUAUGUAAGUGAAUCAAAUACAAAUCAUGAUGAAUAUGAUUCAAAUUUACUUGUUACUUCAUUUCUUCAAUAUUUACGUAAUGAAUUAAGAAAAUCAACAAAUGAUAAAACAAAUGAUUUUGAUCAACAUACAAAACAGAAAUCAUCGAAAAGUGCAAUAUCAUCAUCAAUAAAAAUAUCACAAUCGAUUAUAAUGAAUGCUCAAUUAAAAGAUGAAAAUAUAUAUGAAACAAAUGAUUAUAAUGAAAUAUUAACAUUAAUUAAUUUACUUUGUUUACGUGUUGAAUGUUUAUCAUAUGAAAAAAAAAUAAAAAAACGAAAAAAAAAAACAAAAAAAAAAAAAGAUAAAUAUCCAAGUGUUACUGAAAUUGAUCAAAAUUUAAUUGAAUAUCUUUAUUAUCUUUUUAAAAAAUUUAUUUAUAAUGAUACAAAUAUAUCAAAUGAUUUUAAAACACCAAUUAUUGAUAAAAAUAAUUUUGUUAGUAUUUGUCAAACAUUAGUACGUAAUGGUUGUUUUGAUAUACCAUCAACAACAAUAUCAAAAUCACCAAAUCAAUCAUUUUCAGAAUCAUUAAGUAUAAGUGAUAAUACAUUAAUUUCACAAACAAUUGUACAUGAAUAUUAUCAUCCAGAUACAAGUCAAAUUUUAGAAGAAAAAUCAUUUACAAAUGAACAAAUUUCUUUAAUGACAUUACCUGAAAAAGAUACUUGGCUUGUUGUAGAUAUUGAACCAAUACAAUCUGAAGAAACUUUAAAACCUUCUGAAUACAUGUGUUCACUACCAAGAUCAACAACAGAUGAACAAUUAUUGAUAACCAAUGAUGUUUAUAAAUCAUGCGAAUCUGGAUCAUCACAUAGCAUUUAUUUAUCACCAAAUUCUUCGUCAAUUGAUUUACCAAAUAUGGUACUAGAAUUCGAUGAAAUAAAUCACCAAUCUAAUACAUCAUUCAAUGAAGAUGGAUCAUCAUCGAAUGUCAUCAGUGAAUCGAAAACAAUAAUAACCAAUGAUUUAUCAAAUGAUGAUAUUCAAUCUUUGUCUAUAACAAGCAAUACCAUUUGCACAAGAUUAACUAAUGAUACUAGUUCGAUUGAAAAUAGUGAACAGAUGACAACAAAUAAUACUGAUAAAAUGUCUCGACGUGAAAAAAAAAUGCACGAACGUUGGUCAACAUCAAAAAAAACUGAUGAAAAUAAUAAUGAACAACCAUCAACAAAAACAAUAUUAGGUAUACAAUUCCCGCCGAUUGCUGUUCUUCGACGAAAAUUUUCAUCAUCAUCAUCAUCAUCGUCAUCAAUCAAUAAACAACAAAAAAAUAAAACUGGUAUAAAUCCAAAUGAAAAAUUAAACGUAAAUACAUUUAUGACAGUGAAGGAGAUUAACACAUUGCCAACGACAAUCACAGUGGAACAAACGAAUCUUGAUCAAACAGUUGAAUUACCAUCGAAAGAUCUAUCAUUGUUGAUAAGCACGAAUGUCGAUAAAAACAAUGAUGAUGGACAACUGCCAGUAACUAUAUCUAAUUUUAUUUGUUUACCAGAAGAAGAAGAAGAAGAAGAAAUCAAAAUGAGAAAAAAACAAGAUCCAUUAUUAACAGACAUAGAUUAUCAAACAGAAACAUUAACAAAUAUUCAUAAUGAUUCAAUUGAUAAUCAACAAACUAAUAAUGAAAAUAGUUCAGUAAUAAGAAGUAAUCCAUUAGAUUCGAAUUUAUUUUCUUCUUCUACUUCUUCAUCUACAUUAAUAUCAAUAUCUUCUCCUUCAACGUCAUUCACGAAUGAAAGCAAUACUAUCGAAUAUUUACCAAAAGAAAAAGAAGAAAAAAAAGAAGAACAACAACAUUGUGACGACGUCUACAAUGUCGAAGAAGAGAAAAAGAACAACAGUAGCUUCGUACAUGACUAUCACGCGUCGGGAAUAAUAUUAAGAAACGACGAGCUAAGACAAACAGUCUUAUUACAGCAAGAGAAAAAAGAAAAAGAAAAACGAGAGGAAAGAGAACGACCAUCAUCGUCAUUACCAACACUAGAGCAAUUCAACAAACAGCGGAUAGAAGAUGAGUCGCCAAUACAAACGCUAUCAAACAAUUUAAAUCAAAUGGCAAUGGCUAAUAUUGAUCAAAAUGAAGAACAAUAUAAAAAAGUUGAAAUAGAAGAAAUUCCUGAUGAUGAAGAAAUCUUAUCAAAAAAAACAAAUAAUUCAAUCGAACCAACUGAUUAUAUUCUUACUGAUGAAGAAACAAAACAACAAAAACAAUCUUCACCACAACCAAAUAUAACAAUACCUAAUGAUGAUUCUAUAAAAUUUGAAAAUGUUUUUUCAUGUUAUGAAAAAGCAAUAUCUAAAAUAAUUGAUACAAAUGAUGAUUCAUCACAAAUUUCAAAUACAUUAUCUUCAGAAUCAUCAACAACAACAACAAAUCAACCACCGGCUAAUGAUCCUAUUGCAUUACGUGCUCUACAACGUUUUGAAGAACGUAUGAAUGCUGCUGCUAAAAAUAUUAAAACAGAUACAAAUUUAAAUGCAUCAAAAAGUAAAUCAUCAUGGUCUGGAACACUUUCAACUUCACGAAAAUCACUUGAAAAUUUAUUCAAAAAUAUUGACCAACAAUUAAGUACAACUCCAAUUACACUUAAUAAUGAAUCAACAACAGUACUAUCAUCUCAAUCGGAUAGUUAUAUACGACCACGUCAAACAUUUGAUGACAGUAAUUUUAAUUAUGGUAUGGCACUCAAUUCAUUUAGUACAAUAAGUUCAACUAUUGAUAAGAGUAAAAUUGAUGAUAAAAAAAUAGACGAACAACAGCAGUCGUCAACAUUAGUAGAAAAUGAUGACAAACGCGUUGUUGAUAACAAGUCAACGAACAUUGUUGACUUUAAAGAUCAGCAAGAAGAAGGACAACAACAAAGCGCAAAUAAUGCAACAAUGACAAGUGAAAUUGAUCUCAAAAAUGAAAAAGAAAGUUUAAGCUUAAUAUCUUUACCAUCAACUGAUAAAUCAAUAAUAAGUAGUCCAUUAAAUGUAGUCACGACACAAUCUUCAUUAACAGAAGAACCAGUUAUAAAACCAUAUGGUUUUCAACUUGAAGGCCGUCGUCGUUUAAACGCUCUUGAAGUAAUGCGUGAACGUCGUCAAAGUCGUGAAUUUCUCGAUAAAAUGGAAUUAGAAAAACAACAGCAGCAACAACAACAACAACAACUUCAAAAUGAAUAUACAAUUAAAGCCGAAGAAGUACAAGAUCCUAUUGUUCGUCGUGCACUUGAACGUUAUGAUGAAAAAAAUCGUAAAUUAAUUCAAACAAAAUCAGUAAAUUAUGAUGAUAUUCAAGAUCCUAUUACACGACGUGCAUUAAUGCGUCUUGAAUCAAAUUUAAAACGAGUUAUGCCACCACCACCACCACCAUCAACAACAAUAAAUGAUUCAAAUGAAAAUUGGUAUACAGAAAAUUAUACACUUGGUUCAUUACAACCUACUAAUGAUCGUUUAUCACGUUAUAAUAAUUCAUUUCAAUCACCAACAUUAAAUAAUCGAACAAAAUAUAUAUCUGUACAUCAACGUUAUUGUACACCAUCAUCAAAUGAAAUAUCUGAUUUAUCAACAACAAAUAAUCUUAUGUCAUCAAGUGAACAUGAUUUACCUAUAACAUAUGUACCAACACAAUCAAUUUAUGUUACAUCAAAUAAUCAACAACAAAAACAACCAAGUAAUAUUCGUCAACGAUCACGUUCUGAAGAUAUGCUUACAUCAAGAGAUUUAACUAUUGGUCAAACAACAAAUCUUGAUGAUGUUGAUACAUCAUCACAAUUACAACGUAAUCGUUCAUCAAAUGAAAUUGCAUUACUUGAUUCAGAAUUUCAUUUACCAAAUACAUUAAUUAAAUCUCUUGAACCAAAUUUUGUUCGUACAACAGAAUCAUCUGUUAGUUAUGUUACACCAACACAAACAUAUUCAGCAUAUAGUUGUGAAUAUACACGUCCACGUCGAAAUCCUUUACUAACAUCAACAACAUCAUCAUCAUCAGAAACACCACUAGAAUUAAAAAAUGAUUCAAAUCAAUUAUCUUCUUCUUCUUCAUAUUCUCAACAAGAACAAAAUGAAAUUCAACGUCCAAUACCAUAUCGACCAACAAUUGAUAAUCAAUAUGAAACUCAAUCUUCAUCGGCAUUUGCACCUGUUCGUUCAUCUACAUCAACAACAACAAGUAAUUAUUAUAAUCAACAACCAAUACCAACUCCUUCAUAUGGUUCACCAUAUACAUCAAGUACUCUUAAUCAAACACCUUAUUCAGAUGAUCCAAUUGUUCGUCGAGCAGUUGAACGAUUUAAUACACAAUUACAAAAUAGUCUUCUAUCAACAUCUCAAUAUCAACCAACAAAUAAUUAUUUAUCACAUUCAGCAAAUAUUCAAGAACCAUGGUUAAAUUCAAAUCGUUCAACAUUAAUGACAACAAGUACAAGUAGUAAUAGUAGUAGUACAGCAGGAGGUUAUCAAUCAAUUAUUGGACGUCGUCGUUUUACACGUUAUGAUGAUCCAAAUAAUUUUCUUGAUCAAUCAAGUGUUGGUGAUGCUUAUUCAUCAUCUGUAUUUGUUAAUCCACAGAAUCCAUAUUUAAUGACAAAUCAUUAUAUGAAUAUGUCUGAACAACCUCCUGUUAUCCCACCACGUUUACGUCGAAUGAAUUAUCAAAAUGAAGAUAUCAAUGAUCAAUAUCGACGUCAUUCAAUAGAUGAAUAUUUAUCAGAAAACAUUAAUAAUAAUAAUAAUAAUAACAUUAACAAUAAUAAUAAUAAUAAUCAUUCACUUCCACAAGAAACAUUUAUUCAUUAUGCAUAUCCAGCAACAAUAACAAAUACAACAAGUAGUUUUCGUCCUAUAAAUAUGGAUUAUAAUCAACAAUAUGAUUCAUCGAAUCAAUUAUCUCAAGAACAAGAUGAUCUACAUCAUCGUUCUCAAUCAGUAUCAAGUACGAAUUCAACAGAUAGUCUUAAACAACAACAACAACAACAACAACAAUUGAGAUCAGCAAGACCAACUAAUAUACGAACAUCAUUAAAUAAUCAACAAAAAGUACCACCACCAUCUAUAGCUGUACGAACAAGUACACAACAAAAUGAACGUAAAACAAAUGAAAAAAAUAUAUCAAAUAAAUUAUCACCGGUUAAUACUCAAUCACCAUCAGGUCAAACACCAUCUAAUAAUGGAAAUCAACCAAAUGAUUCUGUCUUUCAUCGUCUUGCUUAUACAGGUACAAAAGCAUCAUUAUCAAAAUCAAAUUCAAAUUCUUGUUCAAAUUUAAUAAAUAAAAAUUCAACAACACAAUUAAAAUCAUGUGAAAUUGAUUUUGAUGAUACAUUAAAUUCAACAGCAACAAUAACUGAAAAUAUUAAUGAAGAAAAUUCAUCAUUAGAUAAUAAAUAUCAACGUUCAAAAUCUGUUGAUGGUCGAACAAGAAUAAAACUUUCUCAAAGUCGUACAAAUCAACAAUCAACAAUAGAUAAUGAUGAAAAUAAUAAUACAAUUCAUAAUGAACAAGAUAAACCAAUACCAUCAUCAAGAUUUACUCCUAUUAAUAUACGUCGUGAAGCACCAAUAAAACCACCAAAUAGAAAUAAUUUAUCAUAUACAAAAACUACAAAUGGUAUUCGAACACAUGGUUCAAAUGGAAAUAUAAUUGAUACAUAUAAUCAACAACAAGAUAUUGAAAAUAAUGAAAAUAUAUCAUUUAAUACUGAUAAUCGAACACGUACAACAAUACCUGUUCAACAUUAUACAACACAUAAUCAUAUUCAAACAUCAUCAUCAACAUCAUCUGUUAAUAGUACUCAUUCACGACCAAAACCACCGGUAUCAAUUCCAAUUAAUCUCGAUAGAAAAGAUUCGAAUACAUCAAAUACAGAUCUUAGCAGAACACAAAGACGUUCGGAUGAUAAUCGUUAUGUUUCUCCAAAUAGCCAACGGCGAAAUAUUCCCGUUUCUGUUUUUGCACCAGCUAAACUUGAUAAUAAACGUCCAGCACCUGCACCACCAAUAUCAAAUUUUGAAUCUCAAAAUCAAACAUUUUAUACAUCUCGUUCAUUAACAAAUGAUAAUAAUAAUAAUAAUAAUUCUACAAUGAAAAUAAAUGAAAAUCAAAUGAAUAAAAAAUUAUCAUCAACAAACUCAGGCAUUAAAACACCAACAAAUAUUGUUAUGAAUGAUUUUACACUUGCAACCGAUAAACAAGAUAAUAAUAAAAAGAUGAACGUAUUUGAACGACUUUUUCGUGGUAAUAAGAAAAAAAAUUAA